CCCAAUCCUUCAGGAAGAAACAAGGAGUGUAGUCCGCACGGAGAUCGAACAAAUUCAUACUCGGGUGUAUUUUCCAGCUGAUGCGGAUUGGACUUUUAAUAAAUCUCCCAUCAUGGAUGGUUAUACAAAACAAUGCGAUAUAUGACUGCUGAUCUUAUUAUUUCCUCAUCCAACAUCACCUUUAUGUGACGCUCAAUAUGGGCUGGGUACACAAUGCUUCGCCGGAGAUCGACGCCCAGUCCAGGUAUCCCGUCAUCCUGGGAGUGUGCAUUACUCUGACUCUGUUGAUGGUCAUCACCGUUUGCCUGCGAUUGUUCGUGCGUAUCAAGCUGGGGAGAUUCGACGCUGCCGACUAUGUGAUGGUGUUUGGAAUGAUCUUCAGUGUCGUUUACAAUGCUCUUUGUAUAGCUCAAAGCCGUUAUGGACUGGGGUUACCACUGGCUUUGCGGCCAAAGACAGACCUUCCAACGUACACAAAGCUCAACUACGCCGGUCGGCCAUUCUACCAGCUCGGAAUCGCCGGUUUCAAAGCCGCACUGUGCAUCAACUACCUUCAUCUGCUCGAAAAGACGUCCAAGCGCUUCUACCGCAUGUUGGUCUGGGGGGUGAUCGUACUGUCGACCUUGGGACAUGUGGCUGGCACACUGGUUCUGAUUCUAAACUGCAAGCCGGUCGAGCGAUCCUGGAAUCAGACCAUUGCUGGUAAAUGCCUUCCGGUAGGACCGACCUUCUACGGUCUUGCAGCCUUUACAAUCAUAUCCGACGUGUUCGUCAUCUUCCUGCCGAUUCCAUUGCUACUCCAAUUGAAAGUGAAACCGGCACAGAAGGCAGGAGUGGUGUGCUUGUUCCUGCUCGGGUUGUUUACUACCCUCUGCUCCAUUCUACGCCUGACUCAGAUUCAUCGCGUGGUGGCCAUAGAUGGUGAUUCGACCAUGUUAGUCCUGUGGGGCACAAUCGAAUUCAAUGUCGGGAAUAUCGUCACCUCUCUUCCAUUCCUUACGCCCAUUCUCAAGAUAUGGGCCCGCGACUUUCACUCCCGCAGUGGCGGCGAGCUUCGCAAGAACACCGGAUACUCAUUGCAAUCAUACUCCAAGAACCGACAGUCGCAAUUGAGAUCCGAAAACUCCAAGAAGCCAGUCCUUGUUCAACGGACGCCCAGCGAGGAGCUAAUCCUCGACGCUGACGAUUCCACUGCUCGAGCGAACGCCGAGAUCCACGUCACGGUCGAGUACCGUGUCUCACACGAGAACGAUAAAUGAUACGUGGGGACCAUUUCCGUUUCUCUGUAUGUUCGACCAUUCCUUCCUUUACUUUUUUUCCUUUGGUGUCUAUUUGUUGUGAACGACGUCAUUUUGGCCGACGGAUAGUUUGAUCGAUCAAUACCAUGGCCCAAUCCCUCUAGAAUGAUUUUGACAAUAUGCCCGACAGCACGAGAAGAUAAGCGAUGGAUCUUCGACUAAACUACCAAAGUAAGCUGUGUCCUAGCCUGAGGUCCGUCGUCGAACCCAAUUUUUUACUUUCUGCGGGUCUCUGGCGGGACUCGGAUUACUGCCAAUUCAGCCUAUUAGGCAACGGAGACAAGGUUCCGUUCAACCGGGCAUUAGAUAUCAAUUAGGAAUUAACCGAGAAGACCAUGCGAUAGAUACUGGC